AUGCUUGAAGACUGUGAUCCUACUGGUGAUACUCCUGAUCCGCCAGAGCUGGCUAGAAUUGAACAAGCAUCUCGUGCACAAGCUCCGCUGAUUGACGCUCGAUUAGCAGCCAUUGAUGCGCAAGUGAAUGCUCUUUCUCAGGUUGAUAUGGCGAUACGAGAUGUUCUAGCGUUAUAUGACGAGGCUGUGCAAAAAGCCCAUUACCAGGCUUACCAACCUCCUCCCGUUAUGAACGCCCCAGGAGUAGCGAUGCCCCAACCUAACCCUGGAAUGCCGCCAAAUGCUGCAGUGAACUACCCUCCGAAUUCGUCGCAAGUCCAGCCCGUCUAUCAAGCGCCCUACGCGAACGGCCCUGCUCAAGCUCAGCCGUUACCUAAUGUCCUUCCACGACCCGACGCACAGCCGGCUUAUGCAUAUAAUGCAGUUCCGCAAGGAGGAUACCAGCAACCACAAGUCCAACCUGAUUGGAACGCUGUGCAACACCAUGCUCAAAAUUACUAA